CUGGCUUGAACAGCACCGCCAAAAUAUACCCUUUGCAACUCACAGUUUACAAUGUUUUCCACCUCUUCUUUUAUACCAUCCAGUAGUCAGCCUAAUAUUCCAAGCACCAAUGUUUAUCCUCAUAGGCAGACCGAUAAUUUUCAAACUCCCCAACCACCUCCAGUGUCCAAUAUUAGGCGAGAUAUCGAAUUUAUUGAGAAAUACGUUGAUCUUACUGGCGAAAAGGUUCGAGAAUCCUUUGAAUUGUUUCUAACAGAGUUUAUUGACGAAUCUCAAGAAGAUGUGUCAAAUUUGCCAUACCAAGGCAAGCCCUAUAUUGCACAGAUUCAUGCAAUGAAAUUAUAUGAAUUAAGUACUAUAUAUAUUGAUUUCCAACAAUUAUUGACCAGGGAAAAUGGAGUUUUAGCUACUGCAAUUCAGGAGCAAUAUUAUAGAUUUUUACCUUUUUUGCAAAAUGGUUUAAGAAGAGUCAUCAAAUCUGUUGCUCCUUCUCUUUUAAAAGUUGGUUUAAUCAACUCAACUAAUCCAUCCUCAAAUAACAAUAAUAUCAAAAAUGAUACCAAUGCCAAUACCAAUUCCAAUAUCAAUACCAAUAGCAGUAACAAUACAAAAAACACUCGUAACCUUGAUGAUAGUAACAUAAACAGCAAUUCCUCCAAUUUAUCUUCUGCAGAUUCGUACGAUAGAGUUUUUCAGAUAUCUUUCUACAAUUUACCAACAAUUAAUAGAAUUAGAGAUAUAAGAGCUGAUAGAAUUGGGUCCUUAAUGGCCAUUUCUGGAACUGUUACUAGAACAAGUGAGGUUAGACCAGAAUUAUAUAAAGCGACUUUCACUUGUGAUAUGUGUCGUGCAGUUGUUGAAAACGUUGAACAAGUCUUCAAGUAUACUGAGCCUGUUGUAUGUCCAAAUCCAACUUGUCAAAACCAAGCUUAUUGGACCUUAAAUGUUCAAAAAUCUCAAUUCAUUGACUGGCAAAGAGCUAGGAUACAAGAAAAUUCAAACGAAAUUCCCACUGGUUCAAUGCCCAGAACUUUAGAUAUCAUUUUAAGAGGUGAAACUGUUGAAAGAGCUAAACCCGGAGAUAAGUGUAAAUUUACCGGUACUGAAAUCGUUAUUCCUGACGUCUCUCAAUUGGGUUUACCUGGUGUCAAGCCCACUUCUAUGAAAGAUAGAAGUGGUAUGGGCACAACAACAAAUGGCCUUAAUUCUGGUGUUACCGGUUUGAAAUCUCUUGGUGUUCGUGAUUUAACCUAUAAAAUUGCUUUCUUUGCAAAUAAUGUUUCAUCUUUAAUUAACAAAAAAAAUGGUGCUGAAGAUAAUUUUGUUAAUGAAAACCAAAUUAAAGUAGCUACUGAAGAAGAAGAAAAAGAAAUGCUUUUAAACACUUUGACAGAAGAAGAAGUUUCUGAUUUGAAAGAUAUGGUUAGUAAUGAACACAUAUUCCACGAUUUAGUCAGUUCUAUUGCACCAACAGUUUUUGGUCAUUACAAUGUUAAAAAGGCCAUCUUAUUAAUGAUGCUAUCAGGUGUUCACAAAGAAACAAUUGAGGGUAUUAAGCUUCGUGGUGAUAUUAAUGUUUGUAUUGUUGGCGACCCAUCCACUUCCAAAUCCCAAUUUUUGAAAUAUGUUUGUGAGUUUGCUCCGAGAGCCAUUUAUACUUCCGGAAAGGCCUCUUCAGCUGCUGGUCUUACAGCUGCUGUUGUAAAAGAUGAAGAGAAUGGGGAAUUUACAAUUGAAGCCGGUGCUUUAAUGUUGGCUGAUAAUGGGAUUUGUUGUAUUGAUGAAUUUGAUAAAAUGGAUAUUUCUGAUCAAGUUGCAAUUCACGAAGCAAUGGAACAACAAACGAUCUCCAUAGCAAAGGCUGGUAUUCAUGCUACAUUGAAUGCUCGUACUUCAAUAUUAGCUGCAGCCAAUCCUAUUGGUGGAAGAUAUAAUAGAAAAGCAAGUCUCAAAAGUAAUUUAGCAAUGACUGCUCCAAUCAUGUCAAGAUUUGAUUUAUUUUUUGUGAUUUUAGAUGAUUGCAAUGAAAGAAUUGAUACUCAAUUAGCAAGUCAUAUUGUGGAUUUGCAUAUGAAAAGAGAUAAUGCAGUUGAAUCGCCAUAUAAUGCAGAUCAGGUCAGAAGAUAUCUUAAAUAUGCUAAAACAUUCAAGCCCAAAAUGAGUAAGGCUGCUAGAGAAUUCUUAGUUGAAAAAUAUAAAGAAUUGAGAACUAAUGAUGCACAAGGCUUUGGUAGAUCUAGUUACAGAAUAACAGUUCGUCAACUAGAAUCAAUGAUUCGAUUAUCUGAAGCAAUUGGAAAAGCAAACUGCACUGAUGAAAUUACACCCGAUUUUGUGGCAGAAGCUUAUAAUCUAAUUAAAGAUUCUAUUAUUAAAGUUGAUAAAGAAGAUAUUGACAUAGAUGAUGAAGAUGAUGAAGAAUACCAAAAGUCAGCCGAGAAAUCAAAUGAAGACGCAGUCUCUGAUACUAUGCCAGAUUACACAGAAACUUUUCAUGAUUCUCAAGUUCGGGAUCAAACACAGAGUGAAUCUCAAGAGCAGAUAAAAAAACAUAAAAAGAAAGAGAAGAUUUCAAUUCCCUAUGAUAAAUUUAUAGAGAUGACGAAUAUAAUUGUUCGUAAAAUUCAUGAAGAAGAGAAAAAAGAAGGUGACAAGGGAAUGACAGGACGUGAGCUUAUUGAGUGGUAUUUGUUGCAGAAUGAAGAUCGAUUAGAAACUGAAAAGCAGUUCUGGGACGAAACAAGAUUAAUCAAGAAGGUAUUGAAAAGAUUAACAAAAGACGAAGUAUUGAUGGGGAUUAAUGUUGAAUCCGAUGAGUUGUUGCCGGAUGCUGAUGUUGGGCUAGAGAAUGUUGCAACUCCAGGAAGGAAAAAAACCUCUUUAGAGGAUUUUGUUUAUAUUUUGCAUCCAAAUUCUGCCAUUAUGGAUUAUUUUGGCGAUGGAGGGGAGAAAUAAACCAAUACCAAUGUAUCUUAAAUAUAUCUUAAAUAUAUCGAGACGCUGGAAUCUGUAAGUUUCUGCAAAACGUUUUUCUGAUUUUAAAGUUAAACGAGUCGAAAUCUGAGAAGAGUGAAAAAAUAAAAAACUGGAAGAGUUAUUGAAUGAGUAAUCUGAUUGGGCUUUGAGUCUACAAGUACAAAUACUCGUCAUUUGAAUUCUCAUUUUUUUUAUAUUUCUGGUUUAGGGGUUUCUUAGUCAAGUACAUAGAUAAAUAAACACACAAAAACAAAAAAAUGGAUUUAGUGAAUCAUCUAACUGACAGAUUAUUAUUUGCAGUACCUAAGAGUAAGUGAAAAAAUGGAAGCAAGUGGAUUUUGACCAAUAUUUAUGACUCACAUAUAUGGACUAAAUGCUAACAAAAUAUUUCCAGAGGGAAGACUUUACGAAAAAUGUAUUGGCUUGUUAAAGGG